UUAUGAUACAUCAGAUUUUUUAUGAAAUGCAUGUUUUUUUAUGUCAGAGCCACAAGGUUCAGGCUUAAAAGUGAUGGUGUUUCUAAUUGAAAGUGCUUUGUCAAUUUCCACAACAACCAGUUCCUGGUGACGUGGCACACCAUUGAUGCAGAUUCUCCAGAGCUGAGCCAUAUCUUGUGUUGGACUCCUGCUGACCCUCCCACCGGCCUGUCCUACUUCUCCUCCAUGUACCCCCCGCACCCCCUCACCGCUCAGUACGGGGUCAAAGUACUACGGUCCUUUCCUCCGGUACGACACACACACACACACUACGGACGUUUCCUCUGGUACGAAACACACACACACACACUAUACCGUCACUAAUCCAUCUCAAUCUCUAGGAUGCCAUCCUGUUCUACAUUCCUCAGAUUGUUCAGGCCCUGCGCUAUGACAAGGUGAGUGACACUAAAUUUAACUAACUGCUGCAUUUCUACAUUACCGUUUGUGUGUGUUUGGUUUUACUAUCCUUGUGGAGACCAAAAGUCCUAACAAGGAUAGUAAAACAAGAAACAUUUGGACAGGUGGGGAUGUUUCCCUCUAGGAAAAAUUCUAUUUUAGGGGUUAGGUAUAGGUUUAGGGCAGGGUUAGCUUAAGGUUUAGGGGUAAGGAAAAAUAGGUUUUUAGAAUGGGAAUCAAUUGUUUGGUCCCCACAAGGAUAGUAAAACAAACGUGUGUGUGUGUGUGUUUGAUUGGCAGAUGGGCUAUGUGAGAGAGUACAUCCUGUGGGCGGCCCAGACGUCUCAGCUGUUGGCCCACCAGUUCAUCUGGAACAUGAAGACUAACAUCUACCUGGACGAGGAGGCACACCAUAAAGACCGUGAGACACACAUACACACACACUUAUACUCACUCACACUUACUUGCGUGCGCAAUCACACACCCCUGUCUCUUUCUGUCUCUCUCUGUCUCUCUCUCUCUCUCUCUCUCUCUCUCUGUCUCUGUCUGUGUGUAUCUUACGCGGGAUCUGUUGGAGGGAGAGUGGUUUGAGGAGAUAUAGGGCUCAUCUGGUGCAGCUUAAGACUUCUUUCACAGAGAGAGUUUGACUCUUCGAUAAAAUCACCAACGUACCCAUCAUCAAGUAACUAACCCUAUGUGGGGUAAAUCUAAUCUGAAACUUGCACCCCAUUCCCUAUAUAGGCCACUACUGUUACCAAUUAGUUUUUGAUAGUGAAGUUGUUGUGUUUUAUUAGGCCCACCCCAAAGGUGAGAUGAGAGGAAGAGGGCGUGUCUCACAAAAGGGGGGAAGAGGGGAGGCGAGGGUGGCAAGGAGGCAGGUGGGUGUGGUAGCGCAUAUGCGUGUCUUGGGUGCGCAGCGGGCAUUAUUUUUUUGCUUUCCUUUUUUGUCUCCUCUUAUUUUUUUUCUCUCUCUCUUUUCGCUUCACCUUCAAUGUUCUGUUUCAUCUAGAAGCUCUGUUUUUUUCUACCUUAUAUUAGAUCAAAGCCGUCUACGUUAGAUCCACAGAGUACAGAUGUCGCAGCUGGGCGGGCUACCGCGUCAGACCACGUCUGUAUAUACUUGGGCAAAGGCAGUGUUGCGAUAGGGGUCUGGCUUUUAGGCUAGUAGACAUAUACGAUAGUGGUAGCGAAACCGUAUCUGUUGUGUUUAACGUCUGUGGGUUAAAGGCACUAAGUACCAAGGCGGAUUUUGCACGCGAGAUGUAGACGGUAGAGCCCCCGUCUUUUGAUCGGGAGUUGGAUCCCAAAAGUUGUUUGAUGAACUCAGAAGUGUUGGUCAUUGGGGUUAUCGACAAUUUUUACUAUGGGAGUGCUAUAAGGUACGAGACGAAUAAGUGACAACUCAAAAAGAAACAUUGAACGGGUCGGGAUAAAUAAACCUACAGAACGGCACACCAGGUGCAUAAAGACUUACGAACUGAGCAGAGGCUGGGGCGCAAACGAGCCAGAGGUUUAAUCGUGGGAUUUUUAGGUUGCGAAUUUGUUUCCCUUGAACCGAGAGCUGCGGAAAUCUAGCAAACGUUAAAGAAAGCUGAAGACGGUGGCGGGAUGGAUCGUACAGGUCGGAGGGAGGAAGUCUAAAUGAGUUAAGCCACGAGCUACUAAGAAGACAAAAAAAUGAAGGCAAGGCCAGCCGUCAUAAAAGACAGUCUCUGCGUGGAAAAUCUACAGUUCGAUGUCACUCAAAGACAGGAGGCUACACAAAGAACCACCAACACCUCACACGUUGUUAGCAAAGCUCGUCAAAGGCGGUACCGCGGGGGGCCUUCAAUUCUGCGAGCCGGCGAAGAACGCCCAAUUGGUGUGAAGGGGUGAAGAGUCUCGACCGGGAAAGGAAUCGACAAGGCUUUUGCGGAUCGGUAAUUGAAGGCAAUUAAAAAGACAUGAUAAAGCCUAGCUUAACAUCGUAGACCUUGCACGAGAAACCUGGAGAAGAAAAAGCCCGCAACUAAUUAUUGACUGCAAGAAACAAGCAAAUAAAGGGGUAAAUGAGUCUACGAAAUAUAAGAAAAGAUGGGCAUAGGAGAGGUGUUUACUGCACCAUUGUUAAUAGGAACGACAUAAGGAUUAAAAAAAAGGAUGUCUUGACAAAACUCAAAAGGACGGGUGAACUCAAGACAUACAUGUACGCAUAGUUAGGAUUCUGGUGAUGGCAAGGAUCUACUUUAAUUCCCUUAAAAGCUACGCGUUGAGCAUUUUUGGAAAACAGGUGGUACGUUGUAGAUCUGUUUGUUCGGAAAACAGUACGUAAGAGCAACGUGAAGAUCCGAUAACUUGCGUGGGUAAUUUGCUUACCUAUUACUGAUGGUGAGGCAAUACUGCUUGUUCAUUGACGUACAUUUUAGACGGGCUCUGUCUGACAUCCAAGUCCAGCAAGGUAACAACAGCUAGGAGACGUCCGAUGUUUGCUAGGUCGUUAUGUCUGUGCGGGUGCAUGUUUGGAUUACAGUUAGGUGUAUUUUAAGUGUGAUAUUUUGACCUAGGUGUUUUGACCUUUGUAAUCAUUUUUUCCUGUAUCUGUCAUUGUGCUAUGUGGAAGCAGUCAGUCACAGUGUAGUGUCCAUCUGUGUGUGUCCUGACUGUCUUCUCUGUGCUUCUGCUGUCUUCUCUGUGCCGUCUGACUGUCUUCGCUGUGCGUCUGACUGUCUGUCCUGUGCGUCGACUGUCGUCUCUGUGCGUACUAGACUGUCUGUCCUCUGUGGGCGUCUGACUGUCCGUCUCUGUGCGUCGACUGUCUGUCUCUGCGCGUCUGACUGUCCUGUCUCUGUGUGUCUGACUGUCUGUCUCUGUGUGUCUGACUGUCUGUCUCUGUGCGUUGACUGUCUUCUCGUGCGUCUGACUGUCUGUCUCUGUGCGUCUGACUUCUGUCUCUGUGUGUCUGACUGUCCUACCGUCUGUCUCUGUGCGUCUGACUGUCUGUCCUCUGUGCAUCUGACUGUCUGUCCUCUGUGCGUCUUACUGUCUGUCUCUGUGCGUCUGACUGUCCUGUCUCUGUGCGUCUGACGUCUGACUGUCUGUCUCUGUGCGUCUGACUGUUGUCUCUGUGCAUCUGACUGUCUGUCCUCUGUGCGUCUGACUGUCUGGUCCUCUGUGCGUCUGACUGUCUGUCUCUGUGCUCUGACUGUCUGGCUGUCUCUGUGCGUCUGACUGUCUGUUCUGUCCUCUGUGCGUCGACUGUCUUCUCUGUGCGCUGUACCGUCUGUCUCUGUGCGUCUGACUGUCUGUCUCUGUCGUCUGACUGUCUGUCUUUGCGUCUGGACUGUCUGCUCUGUGCGUCUGAACUGUCUGUCUCUGUGCGUCUGACUGUCUGUCUCUGUGCGUCUGACUGUCUGUCUCGGUGCGUCUUACUGUCUGUCCCUCUUUGCGUCUGACUGUCUGACUGUCUGUCUCCUCUCUGUGCGUCCUGACUGUCUGUCCUCUCUCUUUGCCAUCUGACUGUCUGUCUCUUGUGCGUCUGACGGUCCUGUCUCUGGUGUCGUCUACUGUCCUGUCUCGUGCUCUGACUGUCUGUUCUCUGUGCGUCUGACUGUCUGACUGUCUGUCGCUGUGCAAUCUGACUGUCCCUGUCUCUGUGCGUCUGACUGUCCUUCUCUGUGCUCUGACUGUCUGUCUCUGUCUCCUGACUGUUCUGUCUCUAGUGCGUCUGACGGCCCUGUCUCUUGUGCUUCUGACUGUCUGUCUCUGUGCGUCUUGACUGUCUGUCUCUGUGCGUCUUCUGUCUGUCUCUGUGCCUUCGACUGUCACUGUCUGUCUCUGCGUCUGACGCUGGCUCCUGUGGUCUGACUGUCUGUCUCUGUGCUUCUGAACUGUCUGUCUCUGUGCGUCUUGACUGUCCUGUCCUGUGCGUCCUGACUGUCCUUCCUCUGUGCUUCUGACUGUCCUGUCUCUGUGCGUCGGGACCUGUCUGUCUCUUGUGCUCUGACUGUCUGUCUCUGUCAUUGACUGCUGUCCCUGUGCGUCCUGACUGUCUGUCUCUGUGCGUCUGGACUGUCGUCUCUGGGGCAUCGACUGUCUGUCGCUGUCUCCCCCCCCCCGUGGCUAUCCUCCAGGCUGCUACCUGCCAGUAACCCAGAGGCCUCGUACUGACAUCGACUACAAGUCGGAACCACACUUGCAGAGGUAGCUCACCUCACUGAUUUUCUUCAUUUGUUGAUUUGAUUGAUGAUUUCAGCCUUACAAAGACCUUCCAUUUGAAACGUUUGCAAUAAAGUAACAGGAACAUUCAAUGGUGUGGGGAUAUCUUAGUCCUUCUUAUGCUAUCCCAGGCAUCUAUUCUGACUGCUGACUGCUGUCCUCUGGUCUCUCCCAGUGCUGCAAAGGGCCCCUACCUGGCUCAGUUUACAGGUGAAGCGUUGUGGGUUCAGUGAGCGGGAAGAGGGUCUGCGUUUGUCAUACUGACUCCCAGGACCGUGGAGCCGGGCGAAGACGUAGCUCGUCAGGAUCGUCUGGCAGGCCGCCAUCUUUAAAUUGGAGACGACUGCGACAGGGAGGAGAGAUAGACCAACCAUAGCAACGCCACAAGCAUAUUUGACGUACUCAGCACUUAUAACCUAUUUCUUCUUUUUCAAUCAGCAUUUUUUUUGUAUUUUUAUUUUCCUCUCUUCUCUUCCUUUCCCCAGACAUGCUGGCUCUCCAGAUCAUUGGUCUGUUUAAGAACAUUUCCAGCUGGUGGGACUGGUACCGGUGUGGUUUCCAUACAGAGUGUGGCUACAGCCCUGGGUAUUAGACUUACCCCUACACCCAGGCUGACACUAGAUCAGUCGGCAGGUCCGCUUUUUUGUCGGAGUGGCUGGUUCGGGGGACGGAAAUAAUAAUUUUGUAGACUGCAAAUUGACACAACUAAUCCCAAAUAGAGAUUAUAUUUCCAAAUACACUCAUUCAUACCUGAUUACAUUGAGACAUGUCUCGUUUUUUUUUAUUUGUAGGAAUACUUGGGAACAUAUUUUAAAAUGUAAACACAGUUUUAGCUGAAUUCAAAUAAAAUACCAUUAUUAGCUUGUUUCAGGAGUCUUUUGGACCUAGACUUUGCCUCCGUACCGCUUGCCGUGCGUUGCAGAGGAACAUUCCUUAUGACUAGGUGGGCUGGAGGCUUUGACAUUUUUUAGGCCUUCCUCUGACACCGCCUGGCAGAGGUCUGUGGUGGCAGGAAGCUUGGCCCUGUGAUUACAGGGCCGUACACACUACCCUCUUUAGUGCCAUUGCCGGUCGAGGCCGAGCCAUUUCCAUACCAGUCAGUAUGCAACAGUUCAGGAUGCUCCCAAUGGUCAGUGUAAACAUUUUGGAGAUCCUGAGGACCCAUGCCAAAUCUUUUUCAUCUCCUGGGCGGGAAUAUAGGUGGUUGUCGGCCCUCUUCACGACUGUCCUUGGAUUGUAGUAUUUUAUAUUUUACCAAAAACUAAAUCCCCGACAAAAUUAUUUUUUUGGAGGGGCAAAUUACUUCCUCCAGUUUUUGGCCCAUGGGCCGCCUUUUUCCGUCCUCUGCCUAACCCCUGCACCCUAAUCUUUAUUAAACCUUGACGUUGUCCUUGUUAUCUGUGCAGUGUAGCGUCACAGUAAUGGUUUCCCUGUCUCUGUGUCAGUGUGGUUGAUGAGUUGUAUCCCAGACUGUAAACCCGUGACCAACUGGCAGACAGACAGACUUUGGGAGGUAUACUACUUCAGAAACCAUAAUGGCGAUGAGUCCCACUCUGCGCCUCCAGAAGGUGAGAUGACUGGGCUUUCCUACGACCCUAAACUCUGACCGCUGACCUGAGCCUCGUCCUGUGCCUUAUUCUUCAUACUCUGGAAUUCAGAUUAUAAAAACACCACUAGUCUCACUCACUAGCGUCGCAGUCUCUGUUCUGCUCUCUCUGUCUCUCUCUGUCUCUCUCUCUCUCUCUCUGUCUCUGUCUGUGUGUAGCUGACAUCGGGGAUCUGUUGGAGGAGAUGGUUGAGGAGAUAAUAGGCGCUCAGUCUGGUGCAGCUAAAGACUUCUUCCAGAGAGAGUUUGACUUCUUCGAUAAAAUCACCAACGUAUCUGCCAUCAUCAAGUAAGACUAACACCUAUUGGGGUAAAUCUAAUCUGAAAUUGCACCCCAUUCCCUAUAUAGUCCACUACUGUUAACCAAUUAGUUUCUUGAUAUUGAAGUGUUGGUGUUUUAUUAGGCCCACCCCAAAGGGAGAUGAGAGGAAGAGGGCGUGUCUCAAAGCUCUGUCUGACAUCAAAGUCCAGCAAGGUAACAACAGCUAGGAGACGUCCAUGUUGCUAGGUCUGUUAUGUCUGUGCGGGUGCAUGUUUGAUUACAGUGAGGUGUAUUGUAAGUGUGAAUAGUUUUGACCUAGGUGUUUUGACCUUUGUAAGCAGUUUUCCUGUAUCUGUCAUUGUGCUAUGUGGAAGCAGUAGUCACAGUGUAGUGUCCAUCUGUGUGUGUCUGACUGUCUGUCUCUGUGCGUCUGACUGUCUGUCUCUGUGCGUCUGACUGUCUGUCUCUGUGCGUCUGACUGUCUGUCUCUGUGCGUCUGACUGUCUGUCUCUGUGCGUCUGACUGUCUGUCUCUGUGCGUCUGACUGUCUGUCUCUGUGCGUCUGACUGUCUGUCUCUGUGCGUCUGACUGUCUGUCUCUGUGUGUCUGACUGUCUGUCUCUGUGUGUCUGACUGUCUGUCUCUGUGCGUCUGACUGUCUGUCUCUGUGCGUCUGACUGUCUGUCUCUGUGCGUCUGACUGUCUGUCUCUGUGUGUCUGACUGUCUGACUGUCUGUCUCUGUGCGUCUGACUGUCUGUCUCUGUGCAUCUGACUGUCUGUCUCUGUGCGUCUGACUGUCUGUCUCUGUGCGUCUGACUGUCUGUCUCUGUGCGUCUGACUGUCUGACUGUCUGUCUCUGUGCGUCUGACUGUCUGUCUCUGUGCAUCUGACUGUCUGUCUCUGUGCGUCUGACUGUCUGUCUCUGUGCGUCUGACUGUCUGUCUCUGUGCGUCUGACUGUCUGUCUGUCUCUGUGCGUCUGACUGUCUGUCUGUCUCUGUGCGUCUGACUGUCUGUCUCUGUGCGUCUGACUGUCUGUCUCUGUGCGUCUGACUGUCUGUCUCUGUGCGUCUGACUGUCUGUCUCUGUGCGUCUGACUGUCUGUCUCUGUGCGUCUGACGUUGUCUCGUGCGUCUGACUGUCUGUCUCUGUGCGUCUGACUGUCUGUCUCUGUGCGUCUGACUGUCUGUUCCUGUGCGUCUGACUGUCUGACUGUCUGUCUCUGUGCGUCUGACUGUCUGUCUCGUGCAUCUGACUGUCUGUCUCUGUGCGUCAGUCUGACUGUCUGUCUCUGUGCGUCUGACUGUCUGUCUCUGUGCGUCUGACUGUCUGUCUCUGUGCGUCUGACUGUCUGACUGUCUGUCUCUGUGCAUCUGACUGUCUGUCUCUGUGCGUCUGACUGUCUGUCUCUGUGCGUCUGACUGUCUGUCUCUGUGCGUCUGACUGUCUGUCUCUGUGCGUCUGACUGUCUGUCUCUGUGCGUCUGACUGUCUGUCUCUGUGCGUCUGACUGUCUGUCUCUGUGCGUCUGACUGUCUGUCUCUGUGCGUCUGACUGUCUGACUGUCUGUCUCUGUGCGUCUGACUGUCCUGUCUCUGUGCGUCUGACUGUCUGUCUCUGUGCGUCUGACUGUCUGUCUCUGUGCGUCUGACUGUCUGUCUCUGUGCGUCUGACUGUCUGUCUCUGUGCGUCUGACGUCUGUCUCUGUGCGUCUGACUGUCUGUUGGCGUCUGACUGUCUGUCUCUGUGCAUCUGACUGUCUGUCUCUGUGCAUCUGACUGUCUGUCUCUGUGCGUCUGACUGUCUGUCUCUGUGCGUCUGACUGUCUGUCUCUGUGCAUCUGACUGUCUGUCUCUGUCUCCCCCCCCCCGGUGGCUAUCCUCCAGGCUGCUACCUGCCCAGUAACCCAGAGGCCAUCGUACUGGACAUCGACUACAAGUCUGGAACACCCUUGCAGAGGUACUCACUCACUGAUUUUAUUCAUUUGAUUGAUUGAUUGAUUGAUUUCAUGCCUGACAAAGACCUUCCAGUUGAAACGUUGCAAUAAAGUAUACAGGAACAUUCAAUGGUGUGUGGAUAUCUAUUCCUUUCUUAUGCUAUCACAGGAUCUAUAUCUGACUGCUGACUGCUGUCUCUGGUCUCUCCCAGUGCUGCCAAGGCCCCAUACCUGGCUAAGUUUAAGGUGAAGCGUUGUGGGGUCAGUGAGCUGGAGAAAGAGGGUCUGCGUUGUCAGACUGACUCCCAGGACGUGGAGCCGGGCGAAGACGUAGCUCGCAGGAUCGUCUGGCAGGCCGCCAUCUUUAAAGUGGGAGACGACUGCAGACAGGUAGGAGAGAUAGACCAACAUAGGCACACGCCACAAGCAGAUUUGACGUACUCAGCACUUAUAAACUAUUUUCUUUUUCAAUCAGCAUUUUUUUUGUAUUUUAUUUUCCUCUCUGUCUCUUUCUUUCCCCCCAGGACAUGCUGGCUCUCCAGAUCAUUGGUCUGUUUAAGAACAUCUUCCAGCUGGUGGGACUGGACCUGUUUGUGUUUCCAUACAGAGUGGUGGCUACAGCCCCUGGGGUAUGUAGACUUAUCCCCUACACCAGGGCUAGACAGCUAGAUUCAGUCGCAGGCCGAUUUUUUGUCGGAGUGGAUGGUUCAGGGGGACGGAAAAUAAUAAUUUGUAGACUGCAAAUUGACCACAACUAAGCCCAAAUAGAGAUUAUAUUUCCAAAUACAAUCAUUUCAUACCUUGAUUACAUUGAGACAUGUCUCUUUUUUUUUAUUUGUAGGAAUACUUGGGAACAGAUUUUAAAAAUGUAACACAUUUUUAGCUGAAUUCAAAUAAAAUAGCCAUUUGAUUAGCUGUUCAGGAGUCUUUUGGACCUAGACUUUGCUCUCCGGUACCGCUUGCCGUGCGGUAGCAGAGAGAACAGUCUAUGACUAGGGUGGCUGGAGGCUUUGACAAUUUUUAGGGCCUUCCUCUGACACCGCCUGGUAUAGAGGUCUUGGAUGGCAGGAAGCUUGGCCCCUGUGAUGUACAGGGCCGUACACACUACCCUCUGUAGUGCAUUGCGGUCGGAGGCCGAGCAGUUGCCAUACCAGGCAGUGAUGCAACCAGUCAGGAUGCUCCCAAUGGUGCAGCUGUAGAACAUUUUGAGGAUCUGAGGACCCAUGCCAAAUCUUUUCAGUCUCCUGGGCGGGAAUAGGUGUUGUCGUGCCCUCUUCACGACUGUCUUGGUGAUUGUAGUAUUUUAUUUAACCAAAAACUAAAAUCCCCACAAAAUUAUUUUUUUGGAGGGGGCAAAAUUACUUACGGCCCAGUUUUGGCCCAUGGGCCGCCUGUUUCCGUCCUCUGCCCUAACCCCUGCACCCUAAUCUUUAUUAAACCUUGACCUUUGUCUUGUUAUUCUGUGCAGUGUAGCGUCACAGUAAUGGUUUCCCUGUCUCUGUGUCCAGUGUGGUGUGAUCGAGUGUAUCCCAGACUGUAAAUCCCGUGACCAACUGGGCAGACAGACAGACUUUGGGAUGUAUGACUACUUCAGAAACCAGUAUGGAGAUGAGUCCACUCUGGCCUUCCAGAAGGUGAGAUGACUGGGCUGUCCUACGACCACUAAACUCUGACCGCUGACCUGAGCCUCGUCUGUGCCAUUAUUCUUCAUUAAUCUGGAAUUCAGGAUUAUAAAAAAUAUAUAAAUACUCUUGAGUACAUACAGUAUGUAAUUAAAAUGGACCUGUUGCCUUAAUAAACAUACUUCAACUAUUUUACUUUAUAAACAUUGUUUAUAAAAGGUGCUACCUAAUCUCUUCCUCUCUCUUUCCCUCCUCUCCAGGCGAGGUAUAACUUCAUCCGUAGUAUGGCUGCUUACAGCCUGCUGCUCUUCCUACUGCAAAUCAAAGAUAGACACAACGGGAACAUCAUGCUGGACAGCAAGGGACACCUUAUCCACAUAGGUACAAAAUCAUCCAUAACAUCAUCCACAUUGGUACACAAUCAAUCAUCCUUAAUCUCAUCCAAAACAUAAUCCACAUGGGAAAACAACCAUCCUUAACCUCAUCCAAAACAUCAUCCACACAAUCAUUCAUUUAAUACAGCAAGGGUGGACAGCUUUAUCUCUUUGUGACAAUAAAUAUAUUAAUUUAAUUUCUAUGAAUUGUCUAAAACAGCAUCUGCUUUCAGACUUUGGCUUCAUGUUUGAGAGUUCUCCUGGUGGUAACCUGGGCUGGGAGCCAGACAUCAAGCUGACUGAUGAGAUGGUGAUGAUCAUGGGAGGCAAGAUGGAGGCCACACCCUUCAAAUGGUUCAUGGAGAUGUGUGUCAGGGGAUACCUGGCUGUCAGGUAAGAGUGUGUGUGGGGGGUUGUGGUUGGUGUGUGUCUCAAUCUAAUUUGCAUCUAAACUGUCUUUCUGUGGGUUUAGCUGAUUUUUGAUUCUCCUCUCCGUCAGGCCCUACAUGGAUGCAGUGGUGUCUCUAGUCACUCUGAUGCUGGACACUGGACUACCAUGCUUCAGAGGACAGACCAUCAAACUGCUCAAGUCAGUACAUCAGUAAACCACAUGGGAGCACAGAUUACGUCGUGCCAAGUCUCGUGAACAUUUCUGACCAUGUCUGUUUGUGUUCACAGGCAGCGAUUCAACCCCAGUAUGAGUGAGAAGGAGGCGGCUGCUUUCAUCAUCAAGGUCAUCCAGAGCUGCUUCCUCAGCAGCAGGUAACACCACUGGCCCUGUUCCAUUUGACCUCCUUUCCUCACUAUGGCCCCGCCCCCAUUCGUCUCUAGCUCCUUUCUUGACGCCUAUGGCCCCAACUCAGCCACAGGAAACAUCCAUAAUGCUGACUAACUGUCUAUAUACACAUGCUAUACAUGCUAACUGUCUGUUUUCUCUGUCUGUCUUUCCUCAGGAGCAAGACCUAUGAUAUGCUUCAGUAUUACCAGAACCAGAUCCCAUACUAA